UGGAUAAUUUCGAAAUGAAUAAGUCUUCAUCCAGAGGAAAUUUCAUCACUAUUCUUAGCAUUGAUGGAGGAGGUGUUAGAGGAAUCAUCCCUGGAGUUAUGCUUGCUUAUCUAGAAUCCCAGCUGCAGGAACUAGAUGGUGAAGAUGCAAGGAUUGCAGAUUACUUUGAUGUUAUAGCAGGGACGAGUACGGGCGGUCUUGUUACAACGAUGCUAACCGCGCCUGAUGCCAACAAUCGGCCUCUUUAUUCCGCCAAAGACAUCGUCCCCUUUUAUCUCGAGCAUUGUCCCAAAAUAUUUCCUCAACCAACGGGGGCAUUUGCAGGGCUAAUCGGAACGUUGAAGGGGUUUAUAGGGCCAAAAUACGACGGUAAAUACAUACGCAGUCUAACGAGGGAUAUUUUGGGGGAUUUAAGGUUGCAUCAAACCUUAACCAAUGUUGUUCUUCCUACUUUUGACAUCAAGAAACUUCAACCUGUCAUCUUCAGUUCUUAUACGGCACCACAGAACUCUGCAAUGGAUGGCUUAUUAUCAGACAUAUGCAUUAGUACUUCAGCUGCACCAACUGCCCUUCCUCCCCAUUAUUUUGACAAUCAAGGCCACACAUUCAACCUCAUUGACGGCGGCGUUGCUGCUAAUAAUCCGACAUUAGUUGCUAUUUCGGAGGUAAUAAGAGAGUUCUCGGAACACAAUGUGGACGAGAGGAUGGAUUUAGGGCGCGUUCUGGUAAUAUCAUUGGGGACGGGGGCCAGGAAGAAUGAAGAAAAAUAUGAUGCUAAGAGGGCUUCGGAGUGGGGGGUGGUGGGAUGGCUGUAUGUGAAUCCAAGUCCAUUGCUACAAGCUUAUAACCAAUCUAGUGGAGACAUGGUUGAUUUUCACAACGCUGUCGUUUUCGAUGCGCUUCGUUCACAACAUAACUACCUUCGCAUUCAAGAUGAAAGUCUGGUUGGGGACAUAGUGAAUAUGGAUAUGGCAACGAGGGAGAAUUUGGAAAAUUGUGUGAAGCUUGGAGAAGAGCUAUUGAAUAAGCCACUUUCAAGGAUGAAUUGUCGAAAUGGAAUCUAUGAGCCUGUUGAGAAUGGGGGAACCAAUAUGGACUCAUUGAAAAGGUUUGCGAAAUUGCUCUCCGAAGAAAGAAAGUUAAGAUUGUCAAAUUCUAGCUGAGAAAAAAAGAUUCGUUCAGUUGUGUGACAAAGAAUUGCAUUUUUUUUUGUUAAUAUUUUGAAUGUUUCUGGUAUUGUUUAUUUGAAUCGAAAGUAUAUGUAUUAUUAUACCAAAAUAUAUUUGUGUAAUUUAUGAAUUGUGUAAGGUUUGAAUAUUUA